AUGCAGCACUGGGUCGCUGGUGUUCCACCAGCUUGUUUCUGGCAGCAGCAGUCUCCCGACCACACCAUGGUGCUGGCAGUGGGCGAUGGUGCCAGUGACAGACUGCCCUGUUCCUCUUGGCCUGGCCCUACGACCCGGCACAGUCAGGGUUACAGCUGGGGCCCCUCCCAGUCCCAGAGCCAGUGUCCCUUAGCAACAGUCCUGCCAGGCAAGACACACUGCCAACACUGGACAAAGCAGGCAGGAGCCAGUAGAGUGGCCGUCUGGAGAACUCCAGGACAGACGAAGACCAGGUUUUUCUGCCGCCUGGACCGGGACAGGAGCUGGUCCUUAGAUGCAAGAGAGCUCCAGCGGGGCCUGGCUGAGCUGGGGCUGGCGCUGGACAUGGCCGAGGCGGAGGGCGUGUGCAAGUGCUGGGACAGUGAUGGCAGUGGGACACUGGACCUGGAAGAGUUCCUGAGGGCGUUGUGGCCCCCCAUGUCCCAGGCCCAGGAGGCAGUCAUUUCAGCUGCGUUCGCCAAGCUGGACUGAAAUGGGGAUGGUGUGGUGACCGUGGAUGACCUCCAGGGGGUGUACGAUGGCCGCGCCCACCCCAAGGUGCAGAGCGUGGAGUGGACUGAGGAGGAGGUGCUCCGCUGCUUCCUGGACAACUUCGGCUCAUCCAACUCAUCCAAGGAUGGGCAGGUCACGCUGGCUGAAUUCCAUGACUACUACAGUGGUGUGAGUGCCUCCGUGGACACGGACGAGGGGUUUGUGGCCAUGAUGACCAGCGCCUGGCGGCUGUGAGCAGGCACUCAGCUCGCACCAUGGGAGCGUAGGACCCCGACUAUGGCACCCCUGAGCCAGGGCAGCCCCAGGGGUGGGGACUGGAGGGGAGUGUGGGAGGCUUUAGGCCACAGAACCAGUUGGACCAGGUCUCUGAGGACCUUGCUUGUCCACCAGGCCCAAGGGGGACAAAGGACCCCAGGGAGAAAGGUUCUACUGCUCGGUGAAUCCUUGGCCUGCCAGCACUCCCCACCCCUCCCCUCCUGGUCCCAGGGAUGCCAAGAGGCCCCUGGGGGACAGGGAGCAAAUGGCUCUUCCUGGAAGCCAGGCUCUGCAUGGAGGUAGCUGGUCUUAGAAGGCCCGAGUUUGGUGGGGUGUGGGGCCAGGGCCCAGGGCAGCAGGUAGGCCAGGCUGCUGAGGAGCUUUCUCCUGGGAGGCAGAGGCCAUUCCCGGCCAGGCCCUUGGGCUUCCUGAGGCCCCUGGGGCACACAGGAGGCCAGGGGUUUAGUUAAAAGUUUUAAUGUAGUUCCCAAAUACAUUUCAUAUGAUAACCUUACAUAAAUGUUCCAAAAACA